AAAGCUUCAGUCUGUGGGAUGUUCAGAACAUACCCAGGCGACACAAGCCAAGUGGACUGAGAUGGACUACUCUACCAGAACGCUAGCGAAGGGCUGCUUCGGGAAGAUCUACAAAGAGGACUACAAAGGCAAAUGGGCAGCCUUGAAGAAAGUGCCCUCAGGGUUCAUCUCCAGGGAACAGCUGGAGAGAGAGUGUAAAGUUUAUUACAGAGCACAUCACAACAACGUGGUAAAGCUUCUUGGGGAUCCGUGGAUGCAGGAUGGGAAGUGGCACAUUCCUCUGGAGUUCAUCUUUGGAGAAGAUCUGGAGACGACCAUUUUUAGUGCACAGAAGUCCAAGAUAUCGCUCACACCAAAGGUGAAGGCCACCAUCAUCACAGGAAUGUGUGAAGGCUUGUUCCAUCUGCACAGCAAAGACAUCGUCCACCAGGAUCUCAAGCCAGACAACAUCAUGGUUGAGCAUGAAACACACCGCGCUGUGAUCAUCGACAUGGGCCUCGCAAAAUUAUCAGUGAACGGCUUAUCCUCUGCCCAAAACAUGGGGAACGAGGCCUACUCUGCUCCUGAGAUCCUGCAGGCCAAUGGAAUCCGGGACAAGCGUUCGGACGCCUGGGCGAUGGGAAAAAUGGUUGCAGAGCUCAUUGCAAGAGUCAGACUGCCUACCACCUUUGUGUCCCCCGUCAAAAUCCAAGAGACACUGAAAGACAAUCCUUACUGCAGUGUUGUGUCCAAGAUGGUGGCUUCCAAUCCCAUAGAGAGAGCCUCAAUGGUCGGGGUGAUUUCUGAAAUCCGGCGAGCUGGAGUGAUUUACGGGGCAGACGUGACACCUAAACCUGGGGCAGGAACAGGAUGGGCUAACCCAGGUUUGGGAGCACAAGCAGUUGUCAAAGCAGCACCAGCUCCUGUUGCUGCAGGACCAAACCAGAGAAAUCGCCCACCAGCACCAUUGGUACACAAAGAACCAGCAGCUGCAAUACCGCAGAUACGGACCCCGUAUCCUGUCAAAGCUGCCCCAGCUCCCGUUAACCCACCUCACAUUAACCGUAGCCCAUCUCCCAACAAUCGUAACCCAUAUCCCAUCCACCGUAGCCCAUCUCCCAACAAUCGUAACCCAUAUCCCAUCAACCGUAACCCACCUCCCAUCAACCGUAGUCCACCUCCCAAAGCAGACGCUCUAGUUCCAAUAACCAAUGCUGAAUUUGCUGCUAAGUUCUCACUGAUGUCCCUACCCCCUGACCUGCCACAAGAUGGAACUGUGAUCCAGCGUCGCUUCGACGGGGAUAUGCAGCAGCUGCAGUACAAAGAAAUAGUCAUGAAGGACGGAAAAGUCGUUAAGUAUGAUGACGUGAGAUAUAUGAAACCGUAGAAGAUCAAGAACUUUAUAAACAGGAUUCCACUUUUUGUGUUUUGGUAUCUAAGGUUUUGGUACCAAGACUGAAACCUUGAGUUUUGGAUUGAUUUUGCAAGCUUUAAAAUAAGCCAUCAGACUCUUCAAACACUCUACUGUCCUAAAAAUGUUUUAUUCAUUAUCAUUUACAAUGUAAAUGUGUAAAAAAUGUGACUGGGAUGGCUUCCACUACCUUCACCUACCUUCACAUAUAAUGGAUGAUGGAUAUACACCAGUGGUGGAUGGAUGGAUGAAUGGAUGGAUGGAUGUGGCCAUGAUUUUAACAUCACUUCCUUGUUUCUACACUCACUUUGUACUUUGGUUGUAGUUCUGUAUCCUUUUCUCGUUUCUAUACAUACUUUAUAAUUAUCCUCCUAAUUUCAUCCUGUUCUUCAAUGACCACAACUUCACAGGAGAGAAAAACAUUUGUUCUCAGCACUGCAGUGAUUAGCACUGAUUAGCAUGGUGAUGGUGUAUGCGGUGUUAGUAGAGUGUGUUGUGCUGCUGCUACAGUGAGUGAAUCAGAUACAGCAGUGCUGCUGGAGUUCUUAAACACAUCAGUGUCACUAUUGCACUAAGAAUAGUCAACCGACCAGAAGAAUACAGCCAACAGCUUCCUGUGGGCAAUGUCCCAGUGAACACGUUAUAAGAAAGUUUAGCAAUGUUUAAAAAAAAAAUGGUUCCAGGAAUGUUAGCCUGUAGUAUUACAGAAAUUAUGUUCCAGGAACCUUCUGAAAAGGUGUGCCAUAAUUUGUUUGCAUCACAUUUGUUUGCCAUAAUGAUUUGCAUCAUCCCAUUAGAAUAUUUCUCACAUAAUCUUCACAGCUAGACGAAUACUAACAUUACUAAAACUUAAAAUUAAAACUUUGACACAAGUGAAAUGUUCUAGUAACAUUGCUGCAAUUCUAAAAACUUGACAGAUUGAACAUUCUGAGGAUGUUAACUCUAAUUUACAGAAAACGUUCUACUAACCAAAAAUUGUUAGCUAGGCAUGCUGUGAUGUGUUAAAGGACUAGAGAAUGAGCAACACUGUAAGAUGUGCAGAUAAAGAUUCUGAGCUUCUGUCUCUGGCUUUUAUCUUGUACUUUAUCUAAAAGGUGGAGCAGCUGUAGGAAGGAAUGUCUAAUAGAGUGGAGGACUGUGAGUGAUUAUACACAGUGUUUAAAAACUCCAGCAGCACUGCUGUAUCUGAUCCACUUGAUCCACUCCUGACCACUGAAAACCAGGCUAAAAGAAAAACAACAAAUAAAUAUGAAGUGUUCCUGUAAGCUUAGUGUAAAAACAGGGAGAUGAUGUUAACGUUGAGGCCGAUCAGUGUGUAUAUGUAUGUAAUAUACUGUAUAUAGCUACUGUAGGUAGAUAGUUGAGUAGGUGGAUAAGUAGGAUAUUUGUGUGGGAGUGUUGGUGUUAUAAGUGCAUAUCUAGGUGUAAUUAAUUGAUCCCCAAGGGGAAAUGUGGGUGUCAUGUUGGCUGAUGCACACAAACAGUUUCAGUCGUGUGCAAAACUCAUAGGCGUGGCAUUUAAUGGAAACAAUGGGCCACAUUCACUUAAGAAGAGUUCUUAAGAAGAAAUUUCUUUCUAUAAAAACACUUACCAGUUCUCACGAAGACUUUCACCAGGCAUUCACCGGUCUUUUCUUAUUUGUGAUUUUUGUACAGUUUAAAUGAGGACAAUGUGAUUCAUCAUUACAUGAGCAGAACUGUGAACAUUUCUUUUAUUAAUCAGAUGUACACUAAACAAAAUUAUGAAAAAAAAAAAAAGUUUUGCAACUUUCUGCAUUUGCUUUUUUUAAGUUAAUUUAAUUUCAGAUAAAUUUAAGUAACUUGAACUCGGUUUCAAAAAUUAAAUGUUACACAGAGUAAAUAAGUGAACUGAACUUCAGUCAGUCCUUUCUUUUAGUAAACUUUACUUCAUUUAUUUUUACUGAAUCACUCCUUUCUUUUAGUAAACUUUGCUUAAUUUCUGCUUACAAUAUUACCUACUUACAAUUACCUAAUUUAUACAAUAUUACUAAAAAUUUUACUUUAAUUUACUUAAAUAAAUGAAGUAAAAUUUACUAAAGAAAGGAUUGACUGAAGUUCAGUUCUCUUAUUUACUCUGUGUAACAUUUAAGUCUUGAAACCAAGUUGAAGUUACUUAAAUUUACAUGAAAUUAAAUGUACCUAAAAAAAGCAAAUGCAGAAAGUUGCGAAACGGUUUUUAAGUAAUUUUUUUCAGUGUAGAUGUUUUGUUAGGGCUUUUCUCAGUAACUUAUCACUGUGUAACCAGAUAGCAGUGGACAGGAACAUUCUUCUAUAGUAGCCAAAAGAGCUAGUGGCUUAAGAAGCUUCAGCAGAUGAUUCCUUGGAAGGGAUUGACAGUAUUGCUUUUAAUUGUCAUUAAGGCUAUGUUCACAUUACCAGGCUUAAGUGACUCAAAUCAGAUUUUUUUUAUUAGUGUGGCUCAGGUGUGAACGUGCCAAAUUAGAUUUGUCCAAAUCAGAUUUGUGUCACUUAGAUUUGUCCUAAAUCAGAUACAUAUCUAAUCCAUGGACAUGCAUCAUGAAUGUGAACAGUCAAAUCAGAAUUCAUGCAUCAUUUUUUUGCUUUUACGCAAAAACGUCUCUUGGUGCAGCUGGGCAGCUAUAGCUGCAAAAACAGCAAAAGCAAACCGCCUGACCUUUUUUCUCCUCCUGGACCUGAGCAUGAACUUCAGACCAGCUGUUUACUGUUUCUCCACUCCAGCAAAAGGGACAGAUUCGUUCACAUUACACACAGAUACAGAUCUCUUACAUUUGUGAAUGUGAACCAUCAAAAUAAAAAAAAAAUCUGAUCUGAGCAAAAAAUCUGAUUUGAGCAAUGUGGAUUGUAAUGUGAACGUAGCCUAAGACAUUAUUUACAAACCCACUUUUCUUACAUCAUUGUGACAAUAUUACUCACCAAUGUCAUAAAAUAGAACGCUAUAGAACUCCACUAGUCAGGAAAAACCAUAAGGUAACCAAAUAAUUCACAAAAGUUUCUGCACUUUUUUGGUGUUUAAUCUGUUAAUAGUGAAAGUAAGAGCAUUUCCUCGUACACACUGUGAAGGGAACUCAAGGGAUUGGGACUAAACAGCUGUGUAGCCUUAGGAAAACCACUUAUCAGUGAGGCUAACCAGCAAAAACUGCUUCAAUUUGCUAAGGGAGCUUAAAUAUUGGACUGAUGAGUCCAGAGUGAUGGAGCAUCAGGGUAAAAAGAGAGGUGGCUAAAGUGAUGUUCCCAUCAUCUACCAUACAAGAUUGUGGGGGCGGAUAUAUGAUCUGAGGUUGCUGCAGUUGGUCUGCAGGUUUAGGUUCAGCAACAGUAUGUGCUGAAAGAAUGAGGUCAGCUGACUACCUGAAUAUACUGAAUAUAGACCAGGUUAUUCCAUCAAUAGAUUUUAUAUUUUUUCCCUGAUGGCAUGACCAUAUUCCAAGAUAAGACAAUGUCAGGAUUCAUGGUGCUGGAAUUGUGAAAGAGUGAUUCAGGGAGCAUGAGAUCAUCAUUUUCACACAUGGAUUGAGAGAGUUCACCACAGAGUCCAGAUCUUAACCUCAUUGAGAAUCUUUGGGAUGUGCUGGAUGGAGAAGAGCUGCUUUGUGCAGCGGUCAGACUCUACCAUCAUCAAUGCUGCUGCAAUAUCUUGGUGAAAAAUUAAUCCAGCAACACUGGAUUGAGAUAAAUCUUGUGACGUUGCAGAAGAUUAUUGAAACAAUGCCACAGUGAAUGUGUGCAGCAAUCAAAGAUAAAGGAGGUCCAACCAAAUGUUUGAGGCAACAUAUGUAGAUGUAGUCAGGAAGUCUGGAGUGUGGUGUUUGGGCUUUUUUUGAGCAGCACCUAGAGAACUUAAUGUGCAUUUGAGAUUUUUUUUUUUGCCAAGCACAGGGAGUCCUAUGUAGAUUUCCACAAAACCUGCAGAACUGGAGCUGCCAUUAAUUACUAUGAAAUAAUUGACUCACUCAGGGACAAAGAGAACAGAGGACAGAUCACAGGUGAAGCUGAAUAAGAGACAAGGACUCUCUCUGGAUAGUAAAGUAAAGACUGCAAUGUUUCAUAUCUAAACUUUCCUUAAAAGUGAAUGACAUUGUGUGUUUCUUGGGUUGUAUAUGUAUGUACAUAUUCUUAUUUUUUAGUAAAAAAACAUACAUUUAAACAAAA